CUUACUUCCAUACGUUUGCUCAAAGUGUCAAACACCCUUUGGCUUUUGGACCUUGACUUUGCUUCACUAUUGCUUAUCUAUACGGGAUUACUAAGGACUCGGCCGAAUGACAAGGUUCGCGGCGGAAGUCCGCGGAAUGCGGACCUGAGCGACCCACAUGUCUUUCUUGACCCAUUUAAGCUGAAUUUACCUCGGGAUCUAUCUGGCCAGACAGUCUGAGAACAGCCAUGUAAUGUUUCGUCUUCAACACAUUGAAUCCAUUGAUCACAGCUCCUUCCCUCUCCAUCGUUCAACAUCAAGUUCCAGUACAGUACCGACAAAAUGGGCAUCCCAGCAGACAAAAAGACAGUCUUGAUCACAGGCUGCACCCCAGGGGGAAUCGGCCAUGCCUUGGCAAAAGAGUUUCACUCCAAAGGACUCCAUGUCAUCGCAACGGCCCGCCGGCCUGAAGUUCUCUUAGACUUGAGCGACUUGGGACUGACGACAUUGCCCCUCGAUGUUACUGACGGCGACAGUAUUGCCGUCUGCAAAGCAAGAGUCUCCGAAUUGACUGGAGGCCGCCUUGAUUUCCUGGUCAACAACGCUGGCUUGACGCAUACUGUCCCAGCGACCGACAUUAAUAUGGAUGAAGUUCGACAGACUUUUGAGACAAAUGUCUUUGGCGUCAUGGCCAUGGUUCAGGCCUUUGUGCCGCUGCUGAUCCCGGCCCGUGGCCUCAUCAUCAUGAUCAGCAGUCUUUCCGCCAUCUCUCCCUAUGUCUUUGGCUCAGUUUACACGGCGACCAAAGGCGCUCUCAACUCAUACAGCCGUACCCUUCGCCAAGAGCUUCGUCCGUUUGGCGUACGUGUCAUGAUCUCUAUGACUGGGACUGUCAAGAGUCAAAUUGCCAAGCUCACCCGUGAGCUGCCGCCUGACUCGCUGUACUCUCGUGUCAAAGAGAUAUAUGCAAAGCGCCUUACAUUUUCCCAAGAUAACGCGACCGUCUCUACGGGGGAGUUUGCCCAACAACUGGUAGCAGAGGCCCUAAAAGGAGAAGGGUGGCUUGGGGGUUGGAUCGGAGGGGCGACAAAUUGGUUCUGGGCUGGUGGCAUGGCUGGGUCAGUCUGGCUUGCUCGGCUCCUUUUCGGUGAGUGGCUUUUGGACGAAUUGGCCUACAGAAAAUUCGAUCUGCCGAAACUUGAGGCAAUAGUACGUAAGGAGAGUGCGAAGAGAGUGGACUAA